UCGAGACGUGUGUAAACAAGGUGCCUCCUACCAUGGCGUCCCCCGGGUUUGGGACCUUCGGCUCACAUUCCGGCGGCUUUUCCGGUGAAGGAGGCGAUAAGAAGUUCGAUGUCUUCUACAAGGAUCUCAAAGAGACGGAGAAGAGGGAUUCCUGCCUCACCCCAAAGCAACAGAUCGACCGCCUACUUCGGCCGGGAGCCUCCUAUGCCAACCUGAAUCCCUUCGAGGUGCUGCAGGUGGACCCGACCACCCCAAUAGAUGAUAUCAAAAAGAAGUUCCGACGGAUGUCCAUCCUAGUACAUCCUGACAAAAAUCAAGAUGACUCAGAGCGAGCCCAGAAAGCAUUCGACGAGGUGACAAAGGCAUGGCGAUGCUUGGAGAAUGAGGCGACACGCCAGAAAUGCCUGGAUAUCGUAGAGGAAGCAGAGGCCAUCGUAGCAAAGAGGAUUGAGGAACGGAAAAAGCAGCUCAAAAGAGAAGGCAAGGACAACCGCGUGGAUGAAGACGACCCAGAGAAAUUGAAACGCGCCGUUUACGUCCAGACCAUGAAGCUCUUUGCCGACAUGGAGCGCAAGAGGAGACAACAGGAAACGCGCGACCAGGAGGAGAGAAAAAGAAAGAGAGAGGAGGAAAUUGAGGAGGAAGAGCAGAAGAAAGCUGAGAAAGAGUGGCAGAAGAACUUUGAGGAAUCUCGAGUGGACCGAGUGAACAGUUGGAAGGACUUUCAGAAAGGAAAGUCUGCAAAGAAAUUCAAAGGAUUUAAACCACCAAAGCACAAGGCCGAGGCAAGGGACUAGCAACAUAUGUGUGUGUAUAUAUAUAUGUGUGAGUGUAUGUAUAUAUAUACAUAUAUAAAUGUAUAUGUAUGUAUACACAAAUUUAUGUUUGUGUGUGAAUGUAAACUUCUUUUUUAUCAUCCUUUUUAUUUUUCCUAAUUGUAAUGUAUGUCUUUAUCUUUGUUUUUUUUUUUUUUUUUUCUUUCUUUCUUUUUUUUAUGAAGGCCCACUGUCUUACAGUUGAUCACAUGAUGUCACAUGAUGUUAAUGGCGAGGUAAUGAAGUCUUUAUUCAUUUCAUUAGAUGGUUACCUAGUCAUCCUGAGCAAUAGCUGAAUAUAUAUAUGUAUGUAAUGUGGAGACUUUUGAACUUUUGACAGGUUCUUUGUGAUCUUUAUAUUGGGGGAAUUUUUCUUUGAACUUGUUUUUCAAUUCCCCCAGUCCAGAGGGGAAGAUUUUUUUUUUUUUUUUUCAAAUAGAUGUUACCUCAUUUUGAUAGAGAUAAUGGAAUUAUUCUUGGUUUUCAAAUAGGUUACUGUGGCAUUAAGUAUUGUUAUUUGUUUUUUGUUUUUUACUUAAUUGACAAUUAUCUGUAUCAGAAUCAUUAAUAUUAAUGAUAGUAAUGAUGAUAGUAAUGGUAAUAUAUGCAUUCUUUCCACUCAUUGCCAAAUUGAAUAUUAUUAUUAUCAUUAUUACUAUUACUAAUACUAUUUUUCUUAAAGCACAGAUAAUAUUUUUUCUUCUUGUAUAAAGCUUUUAUAUAAAUAAAUUACCAUAUUUAGCACUGAAACCCCUCAGAAAUGUCAUAUUUUUAUUUCCAGUUCCAUAUUGCAACGUCAUCCUUGUAUGUGGCACAGAUUACAGAUAUUUUCUCUUUCUUUCUUUCUUUCUUCUUCUUCUUCUCCUUCUUCUCCUUCUCCUUCUUCUUCUCCUUCUUCUUCUUCUUCUUUUUCAUCUUCUUUUUUUUAGUUAUUUUGAAUGGUAGUUUAUUUCCCCAUAAAUCAUGUUUUUCACAUUGAUAUCACAGGAAUAUCAUGAAACUCGCUCUGCUAAAAUGUCACACAUGUUUUCUUUAUUUUCUUAUUUACCAUUUGAUAUCUCUUCCUCUUUUUUUUCUAUUGCAAGAUUUUCAUUAGACAUCUUAUUAUGUAUUAUAGUACUCUCUAGAUAAUCAACCCAUUGAUGGCAAGUACAUGUACUGUCCGCAGUAGUUUUGUUUUGCGAAUUUUGUGAACACAGAUGGUCCCACAAGUGCUCAUUCACCAAGAAGUCAGUCAGUAGGCCUUAUGUGUUCUUACUUGUUUUCCUCAUUUCUUGAAUUUAAAUUUUUGUCUUUCUCCUCCUCCGUCUUCUUUCUUUUUUUCUUUUUCUUUUUCUCUUUCUUUUUCUU